AAGACUCAGGGAACGUGUCCAAUCGUCACCACUGGUUAUUUGAAGUUGGACCAAUGAUCGGCAAGUAGCACGAGGCUAUCAACCAGCCAAAUGCAACAGCACCGUCAACCAAGUUACUUGGUAAAGCCUUCGAGUCGCGGCUAUCACAUCCUUGAUCAUUGUCAACCGACAGCUCAGUUCGCAGUCAUCACUAAACUUUAAGACGUCCUCGACUGGGUUAGACACCAUGUACAUUUACAUCACUCGCAUCUGUAUGGUCUGUACAAUCUUUGCUGUGGCCUUCGCCGAGAUACCAUCAUAUAUAAAAAUAUGUAAUCGAAAUGACCCAGAAAUAAAUAAAUGUGUAUUAAACUCAAUUGACCAACUACGAAGCAAAUUAGUGACCGGAAUUCCGGAAUUGGAGGUUCCAGCAAUUGAACCACUUGUAUUGAAGCAGGUGCGGCUAUUGAGAGGUCCUCAAGCUGCGAGACUUGAUGUCAAUCUCACAAAUAUACAGAUAUUUGGACCGUCGACAUUUAAAAUUCGAGAUUUCAAAAUUGAUCCAAAGGAUGUAUUCCUUACUUUUAAAGUUGGUUUCCAAAAACUUGAUUUCAAAGGAAAAUAUCAAAUAAACGCACAAAUUCUUUUGCUCAACCUAGUUGGAGAAGGAGGUUUAACUGGAACUUUCUUUGAUUAUGAGUGUGAUUGUUUGUUAAAAUCUCACAAAAUCAUUAAAAAUAAUAAUACCUACGUGAAUUUUGAAAAGAUGAAAUUUGAUAUCAAGAUAAAUAAAGCUAUAAUCAAUCUUGACAAUCUAUUUGGUGGUGAUCCUAUUCUCGGACCAGCAAGCAACGAGGUUUUAAAUGCAAAUAGCAAUUUCUUAGUGGAUGAAAUAAAACCAAUAUUGGAAGAAUCGUUAUCAGAUCUUUUUACAAAUAUUGCCAACAAAAUUACUGGAACUUUCACAUACGAUGAAUUGUUUCCAGGUAAUUAAUAUUUACCUCUCGAAUUAUUUAUAAAUUACUUAAAUUAAAAAAUUGUAUUCUUAAAUCGUGAAAAUUUCUGACCUCAGCUAUUAAUAUCUUCUUCCGAUACUGUUUUUAUAUAUCACAUAUUCACAUAUAUUUCUAUAGAUGUUAUAUAUUUCUAAUACGCAAUAUCUUAAAGCACUUAAAAAAGUACAUUUAAACGUAUAUUUAAAAGAUAUUGCUUUCUCAAAAAAAAA